AUUCUCUAUUCUAAAAACAACAUACAUAGUCAUAUAAUAUAUAGAACCAUUACAUAUAUACCCAUCUCUUUAUAUAUUUGGAUCCAAAAAUUCAAAUAUUUUUGCAGCCAAACAUGGAAUCAUCAUCAACCCACAGCAACAACAACAACAUCAACAUGAUGAAUCUCGACGUGGAGAAAUCCAUCAACAACAACAAAGGUGGUGGUGAGGAAGAAGAAAAAGAGUUCGACUACUGGAAAAGGGCGCAGUGGCUAAGAGCGGCGGUGCUGGGGGCGAACGACGGGUUAGUGUCGACGGCGUCGCUGAUGAUGGGAGUCGGAGCCGUCAAGGAAGACGUCAAGGUUAUGAUCCUCACCGGCUUCGCCGGACUUGUCGCCGGAGCUUGCAGUAUGGCCAUCGGAGAAUUCGUCUCCGUCUACUCUCAGUACGACAUCCAGGUCGCUCAGAUCAAGAGAGAACGCCGGCAGAGAUCGCCGGAAUCCACCGCGGCCACGGCGGCCGAGGGGGAGAGGCUGCCGAGCCCAUUGCAGGCGGCCGCGGCGUCCGCCUUAGCGUUUGCAGCGGGUGCGAUUGUGCCGCUGUUAGCGGCUGCGUUUAUAAGGGGAUAUAAAACGAGGAUAGGAGCGGUGGUGGCGGCCGUGACGGCGGCGUUGGUGGUUUUCGGGUGGUUAGGAGCGGUGCUCGGGAAAGCUCCGGCGGCCAGAUCGGCGGCUAGGGUUUUGUUCGGAGGCUGGCUGGCAAUGGCCGUUACGUUUGGCUUGACCAAGCUAAUUGGUUCACAUGGUCUUUGAACCAAAAAAAAACGUGGUACGUACUUGUACGUAUACGUGUAUAUAUACACGUACGUGGGAAACGUGAAUGGGUGAGUUGAAGGAAGGAAGGAAGGAAGGAAGGAAGAAACGGUCUUUCAUCUUGUUCAUGCAAAUAUGUCACGUAAUAUAAUAUUUAUGUGUAUCGAAGUUUUGGACCGUGAUUCGUGAAGGUGGUGGGGAAAUGUACAAGGAUGGCGUACGAUACACUGAUGUUUCUGUCUUCAUCUUAAAAGCCGUGUCAUUAUUAAAUAAAACAGUUUGUCUAUUGAAUUUAUAGUUAUUACAAGUUUUUAUUAAAUGGUUUUUUUUUUAAAAUAUUUGUAAUGUAAGAGUCGAAAUGCUAAUUAGAUCUUUGAUUA